AUGAACAGAUAAAGUAAUAUAAAAUCAGAAUUAGAUCAACUGACAAAACAUGUAAAUCAUUUGAAUAAUUUUUUAAUAGCAUACAUCUGUUGAUAAAUCGAAAGAGAGAAAUCACACUCCAAAAGUUAAAUGUUGUUCAAAUAAAUAUUUAUUGAAUUCUUCUACAAAAUAAAACCUCAACAGAUCCUACAAUAGCAACUAAAAAGUCCACUCCAAAUUAUAAUCAAAAGCAACCUCUGACAUCAAAUAGAAAUUAUUAGAUGAAAGUAAAUAUUCUAUUAUUAUCUUAAAAUAAUAGUUCUUAGAGGAUCUCAUUCAUAAUUCUCGUAAAGCUAUCUAACAAGUAUUAUACAAGAUAAAAUUGUUAACAAACCCUAAAAAUAUCAUACCUCUGAUGAUACAUCAAGUUUUACAUUACCGGAAAAAGAAUUUAAUAUUAAAACACCUUUUCUCUAGAUUGACAUCUUUACUGCUGAAGAAUGCAAGAAACAAUAGGAUUCAAUAACAAUUACUAAAUUUUAAGAACUAUUGGAAUAACUUGAAUUAAAGGAAGUAGAAUUGAAAGUCAAUGUGUUUUCUAAUCUCAAAACCUUAUUCUUAAUAUUAGCAAAAUAAAUAUAAUAGAAAUUAGCAUCUUAGAUGAAUGAAAUUACUAAAUUGUAAAAUUUUAAUACUGAAUUAUAAUAAUAACAAAAAAUCUUAUAAGAUAGGAUCUAAGAAUAGAAAUAAAUUACAAUUAAAACAGAAGAAACCCUAAAUUCUCUUUUAUUUACACUUCGAUAUACAAAUUUAAAUAAUCCAUAAAUAAUUGAAUAACAUACUGAUUAAGUUGAAACAUAAAAGCAUUAAUCAGAUAACAAGAACUUUGAAGAAAAUAUAUCAAUGAUGUCAGAAGAAUCAGCUCCAUUUGGAAAAUUUUAUAAUUACUAUAUUAAAAAAUAAUAGGAUCCAUAAAAUAAAAGAGCAUUAGGUUUAACUCUAAAUUUGAACUCCUUAAAAAAUCCAUAAACAGCUCCAAUAGGAUAUUAAGAAGAAUUUAUGGCAAAUCUUAAUGAAUUUAGUGAAAGUUGGAGAUAAUAAGCAAUUAAAGAAUAGAGAUUUUGA